UCUGGUCCCGCCUGCAUGCGUCGCAUCCACACACAGUUUAAAAAAAAAAAAUACUAAUUACAAUAAUCCACGGAUUUUAUUCGCCAGCGCGUCCGCUUUGCUGCGCCUUUGGGUGACACCUGGUCGCCUGUGACGCAGUCGCUCAUGCCCACAAUGCGCAGGGCCUAACUCUGCCCCCCCUUCGCACGAGCCAAGAUGUCUGACACCGAGCCCUCGUCGCCGAAAGACCCCCUGCCGCCGCUCGCCUCCCCGCUUCAGAGCUCCUUCCUCUUCCUGCGGGAGGGGAGCAGAGUUUGGGAGCGGGAGAGGAAGCCCCCUCAGCCUGGGGCAGAGCUGCCCAGCCCGCUGCCCACCAAACGCACACGCACAUAUUCGGCGACAGUACGAGCCAAAUCGGGUCCGGUAUUCAAGGGCGUGUGUAAGAACUUCUCUCGCUCGCAGGGUCAUGGAUUCAUUCGACCCUCUCAUGGAGGAGAAGACAUCUUUGUCCACGUUUCAGACAUCGAGGGCGAGUACGUGCCGAUGGAAGGCGACGAGGUGACGUACAAGGUGUGCCCCAUCCCCCCGAAGAUGCAGAAGAUCCAGGCAGUGGAGGUGGUCAUCACGCACCUGAAGCCGGGAAGCAAGCACGAGACUUGGUCGGGUCAGGUCAUCAGCUCCUAGAUGCUGGGAUGUCCUGGUUUCGCUGCUGCUGCUGCUACCGCCGAGGCUCUCGGGCAAGGUCUGGAUUUGAAAAGUUGCAGAUUUUUGUGACAGGAGGAGCGACGGUGCAGGUAGAAAGGAAGGUUUGAUGUAACAGAACUAAAAAAUAUGAAUGUAGGCUGAAUGUUUUAUUUGGUUGAAACAUUACUUGUGCGGUAAAGUUUGAGUUCUGGGGCAAAGGUUUGAUGUCAUUUUCAGCAGAUUUGCCCAAAGGUGGCCUGAGAGUGCAGCCCCUCCCCUAAAAAAAUUAUUGUUAUGCAAUCGGUUCGUGACCUCAGACGUUACUGGCCGCAUUUGGCACACAUGCACAAUCUAAUGACAAAUCUGCAUUACUAGAUAUUUAUUGCCCAAUUUAGUAACGAGCCCAAUUGAAUUUAAACGAAGAACCCCAAUGCAAUAGGCGACAGAACAAGUCAGAAAGUGGGUGUCCAGGAUCAAAACCGCCCGAGCAAAGUCAGAAGCGCACAACGUUUGUAACCUGGAAAUUUAAGUCAUUGAUGAAUUUCCAAAGAAAACAUUUGGAAAGCAUAGACAUAACAAUAUCAAAUGGAACUAUACAUUCAGAUAGGAGUAAGUAAUGGGUGCUUACUUCUGGUGUGUGACGACGUAUUUUUAUGUUGGGGGCUAUUCGGAACCAGGCUAACCAAGGACCCCCAAAUAUUGCAUUGCACGUCGCAAGGACGUGUUGAAAAUAUCAGGGUAGUUCAUCACUUUAUUUAGAUUUAGUCAACAUUAGGGCACCAGUGUUGUAUUAGGAAUCCCACAUUGUACCUUUAAUGAGUUGUGCCUUCAAUUUCCCGCUAGUCGUAACUGCCAAGGUAGUUCACUUUUUACAGAAACUCGUCAUGUGAUGAGCACUCCUGUCAUUUUAUGGGUAAAAAGAAAAAUGUUAUUGUAGCAGAAGCCUAUGACGGGGACACGUAGUUUUCCGUGGCCAGAGGGGUUCGGGUUUGGAGCCGCAAUCGAUAAAAGGGAAGACGAAUGUCGUGAGAGAGAUGACGACAGGAUGGAAAAAGAACCUUCUGGCAAGAUGUGCGUCUGUGGGUUUUGUGCAUUUUUUUCCUUCCCCAGAAGAACAUUUGUGAGGCAUUCACAGACGUAGGUUUUCUCCAAAUAAAUGAAAAAGAACACAAUGAGGGGAAUCGCUAGAAGAUGCAGUAAAACGCUGCUAAGUUAGGAGUUGAUUGCAAGUAGGAAGUGCUUUGUGAAGUAGCUUUUCAACGAUUAUUUAUUAUUUAUUGGCUUUUUACGUCUUUCAGCAAUUGUAAGACUUUCUGAAUACUGUACACUGGACUCCUAAUCAGUAUUUAAAGCAAGUUCUACCUAAUGUGUGACUUUGACUCCGUAAGCGUUUUAUUAUUUUAGCAGUCCUUCACUAAAUACUAUUUUUUGAGUAGAAUGUGUUCCCUGAUGCAGUAAUGCGGUUUGUAACUUUUCGAUCAAACUAUUGUAACACAAAGUUGUGUGCGUACAUGUGUGUUGAUUUUUUUGUUCAUGGUGAAAAGCAUUUUAUUUUUUCCAUUUGCGUCUCGUCACUGCAUCUUUUGGCACUCGGAUAACCUUUGAAUAAAUGGUAGUAAACAACA